CGUGUUCUCCCCGAUAACCCGACAAAUAUAUUAUACAAUAACUGGCGAAAGCUCAUACCUACACUCGUGGACCCGCAUUUGAAGUAUUAUGCCCGAACUAUUGGUCAAGGCUUGGACAAGCCCCACAAAGUGAUCUCAGCAUGUGCAACUCUCUCCUGCGCACAGAAAAAGACUGAUUUAUUGUGUCUAUUCUUU